AAAAGUUUCUGUCUUGCUCACUGUCAAAGGCGUCCUUGAAGCAGAAAAAACUAUGGCUCAUCAACGCGUUGCAUUAUGGGCUGCCGAGCCAGAUCUUGACGAUGACAUCAACGAUACAGAUGUCGACAUCCCUAUUCCGAUGCCCUCGUCAACUAAUGAAAUGUACGAUGACCCAAAUCUUCAGCUCGACGAAGGCUCCUUGCAAGCAAUGCAACAGCACAUCGCGCAGCAAGCUGCAUUUGCACAAAUUCCGGACGUUGUAAAGCGCUUUAUCGUCCAUUUUCACCAAGCUGUCUUGGAUAAUAACCUCCAGGAGGUAACUCUCGCUUACGAGUCAGGCUGGACUCGCCUUACCGAGAAAUACUACGCAAAAACGGAGUGGCCAGAAGCAGAAACUAUUGCACCAUUGGUCAACGAUGAUCAGAUCUUCCUCAUCUUGUAUCGUGAACUGUAUUACCGACACGUGUACUCAAGACUUCAACCCAACGUCGACGACCGGUUCCACUCAUAUGAGAAUAGCUGCGAGCUCUUUAACUACCUCCUUAACUCCGACGGUCCCGUGCCUUUAUCCCUCCCUGCAAACUGGUUGUGGGACAUUAUUGACGAGUUCAUCUACCAGUUCCAAUCAUUCGCUCUUUUCCGCUCGCGUCCUGCGUCAAAAACUGAUGAUGAACUUGCCAUGCUAGGCUCAGAAGGCGGUGCCCAAGCUUGGAGUUCGUAUUCCGUGCUUAAUGUCUUGUAUUCCCUUAUCCAAAAGAGUCGCGUGAAUGAAUGGCUGAAAGCACGUGCAGAGGGGAAAAGUGAUGAGGAAAUUGAAGAAAUAGUUGGUGAAUACGGAACGAAGCCUUUGUAUCGCAUGCUUGGAUAUUUCUCCAUAAUCGGCCUUCUGCGCGUGCAUGUUCUCCUUGGUGAUUUUACGCUUGCCUUGAAGGUCAUGGAAAACGUCGGCCUCGGCCAAAAGGCUCCCUUCACCGCGCCUACGGCUGUACACGUGUCUACUGCCUAUCAUUCUGGUGUAUGUUACUUUAUGUUACGAAGAAUUCCUGAUGCAGCUCGUGUUUUCACUGGCGUUCUUACCUGGGUGAUGCGUGCGCGGCAAUAUCACACUCGCAGCUACCAAUAUGAUCAGAUUAACAAAACCGCAGAUCGGAUGUAUGCUCUGCUUGCCCUUUGCCAUGUGCUUGCGCCGACCAGGCUUGAUGACAAUGUAAUGAAUAUUGUGCGCGAGCGAUACGGUGACCAAAUUGGACGUAUGGGCCGAGGCGAGGAAGGUCUGUCGACAGUUGAAGAGUUAUUCUUGUAUGCUUGUCCCAAAUUCAUUUGUGCCAACUCCCCGCCAUAUGAUGACCCUACUGCGCUCGCUUCGAUGCUCAUCCCACCCACGCCGACCUCGACAUCCUCGCAGAGCCCUAGCGUAGUCCUUGGUGAUCCGACCCAGCGACACCUCCGGGCCACGACAUCUCAUUUCAUGUCGCUUACACCAGUCUCGAGCCUUAAGAGUCUCCUGAAGCUCUACACAAGCCUUGAUGCAAAGAAGCUUACUGGCUUCCUGGAUACAUCCGGUGCCGGUGUAGACGAAGAGGAGGUGUUGAGUUGGAUGAUGGUCAUGAAAAACGCUGGACGGUGUGUUGGACGCGUGAAUACUGGUGGUACUGCUGCGAAUGGCGAGAAGGACAAUGAUGAAGGACCAAGACCUUCUGAGAGUUUACUUAGUGGCGAGUGGAUGUCCAUAAGCGACUUGAACUUUGUGAUAGACCAGAAUAUGGUCCACAUCGCUGAGUCAACGGUUGGCCGGCGAUAUGCAGGGUGGUUCAUUCGUAAUUCGGAACAUGCAGCGCGCGUACUUGACGGUAUCAAAGCAUCACCAUUACCACCACGUACAGCUCCUCCUCAGGUUCAGAAAAAGAGUGCUGAUGUCUCAAAAGGAGAGGGCGCACCGAGGACGACUGGACAGAAGGUUGCAUGGGGUGGGGUCAAAGUUGCAUAGUGGACUAUGUUGCCUUGCUAUGUACUUGCUGUGAAUCUAAAGAUUAUCUGCACUGCCGAAGGACUGCAAGUAAGAUGGGUGUAUUAGUU